AAAAUGAAAUUCUAGACCUUUAAAACUUUCUAAAUUUUGUUUUAGAGACCGACAGCUGAAAUGUAUUACACCAGGUUUGUUAUGGAGUAUAAUGUUGCAGUGGAGUGGAAGGCAGUGCGCUCCAAAGUUCGCUAUAUGCGUUCUACCUAUAACAAGACCAAAGGAUGGGAGGGCUCAACAGGUGCAGGGAGUAUGGAUGGAGAAACCAUUAAAUCUGUCCGGCUUAAGAAGUGCACCUUCUUUUAUGAAUUAGAAGAAAUUUUCGGCCACAGACUUGUUGAAUCAGCAGUCAUAGAAGAAAGUUUGGAGAGUCUACUAAACAGCGAUAACGCAUAUUCACCGGAAGCAGGUUUAGAUGAAACAGCGACAUCUUUAAUAACUGAAAAUUUACCUGAAAUGAUUACUGAAAACGAACCAGUUGCUUCAACGAGCCGCAAGGGCAUAUAUUCAAGAACCGUAGUUUCCGACAUUUUACAAUUUCAGUCAGAACUGGUACAGCUAAAAAAGCAUAAAAUAGACCAGGACAUGAUUUUGAGGGAGAAGGAGAUACAGAUUAGGGAAUUAGUGCUAAAAGAAAGGGAAAUAGAACUAAAAGAAAAGCAAGAAUUGAUACUCAAGGAUAAGGAAAUGGAAAUGAAAUUAACAGAACUCAAUAGCCAAGAAAAAAUCAAAAUUAUGGAAUUAGAAAUGAAGGAAAGAUUGGCGAUGGAGGAAUUUAAGCGUAAAUAUAAAUAA